AUGGCGGUCCUCGCAGCCCUGAAUGGGUCUGCCACCUACAGCUUCGAAUCCAUGAACCUGUCCUUUUAUGCAGACCUGUGGGACGAAACCCUGCAGUGGCACAGGUCCCUACAACCUUUUACCACACUGCUUCGAGACCAACAUAUUAAUUAUCACUGGCGCACAACGCGCACACUGCAGAUACAGCAUGACAACCAGGCCUACUCCAUCAUGGACAUCUGA